GACUCCCCAAACCAUCUUCUUGUCCCUCUUUCAGGCCUUCACACCUGGCAGUGGAUGGUUGGCUGUGAGCUCCGGGGAGACGGGAGCAAAGGAGGGUUUUUGCGCUAUGGAUACGAUGGGAGGACUUUCAUCAGUUUCGACAAGGAGACCCUCACCUGGGUGGCUCCUGAGCCCCAGGCCCAGAUCACCCAGAGGAAAUGGGAUGCUGUUCCAGGAUUCAAUCAGAGAAGGAAGGCCGACCUGGAGGAAAUCUGCAUUGAGUGGCUGGAGAAGCACCUGUCCUACGGGAAGGAUACGCUGCUGAGGACAGAUGGGACCUACCACUACUGGCUCAGCAUCCGGAUUGAUCCCCAAGAGCGGGACCGCUAUCGGUGCCAUGUGGAGCAUGAUGGCCUGCAGGAGCCUGUGGAUGUGGACGUGAAGGGUGAGAGGCCACAGGGAGGGAGAGGCUGGGCUCUUUUUCAGGGCGGAGGAUUGUGGGAGAGCAAUUUGACCCCAGCUGUGUCCAGAUGUGAGCAUCCUUGAGCUUUAACCGGUGGUUUUUCCCAAGUUUGAGGUUUGUGGACCUGCAGAGAACAGUCCGUAGAAUCGGCUUCCGGUUCUUG